UUGAACUGAGUGUUAUCUUAAACGACUAACUGUAGUGAUAACCAGUAUAUCGUUUGGCAAAACCUUUAUGUGUAUUAAUAUAAAAUAUUGCCAGCAGACUUUCAGAGUACCUCAGUAGUACAACUAUUAACAGGUUAUGGAAACUUUUUCAUGAAGGAACAUCAGUUAAAGGUUCAAGUCAACAAGUAACAACAGGGCUGUAAACAUGGACAGUGAAGAAACAUAAUGAUUACAGAUGAACUGGGAGUCGUUCAUACAAGAAACGCAAGUGUUAGCAAACUGAUAGUACCACACAAACAUGAACCAAGUGCAUUAAGAGAAUGCUUUCAUCUUUGAAAAAGAAACCAUGACAUCAGAUAUCAAAAGCAAUGAACCAACCCUAUCUGCAAAGCGUGCUCGCUUUGAUGAUGGGCACUCUUUGUCACCUGGUAAUGACAGUAAAAACAGUUCAAUGAGAUAGAUGGUGCAUCGAGAUUAAGCAGCCAGAUUAACCAUGAGCCAUGGAAAUGCUGGACAGUUGAGGAUCUGGCAGAAAAACUGGAGCAGAAUGGUCUGGAUGAGGCUGCAGAAGUAUUCACAAAGGAGAAAAUUGAUGGAAGCAUGCUGGAUCAAAUCACGCCAGAAUUUCUGGAAAAGAUAGGAAUCAGAGAACGGGGAUUACACCUGAAGAUCAAGAAGUUCAUUGAAAGGAAUGGGUGCCUAGAGGCAUUUGGCUAUGAGCUUUCUGGCAGCAAGGUUUUCAAUGAUCCUGUGCAUGGUCACAUGGAGCUUCACCCUCUAUGUGUUGCCAUCAUCGACACCCCACAGUUUCAGAGACUUCGGUACUUGAAGCAGUUAGGAGCAUGCUACUUUGUUUUCCCUGGGGCAUCAAACAACCGCUUUGAGCACAGCCUGGGAGUUUGCCACCUGGCAGGCCAGCUGGUGACAGCAUUACAGCGCAGACAGCCAUGGCUAAAUAUCAGCAAAAAGGAUAUACUGUGUGUACAGAUAGCAGGUCUUUGCCAUGAUCUGGGCCAUGGGCCUUUCUCCCAUGUUUUUGAUAACAAAUUUAUUCCUCUGGUCGUAAAAGAUGGGUCAUGGAAGCAUGAAGAGGCUUCUGUGGCCAUGUUUGAUUACAUGUACAAUGAUCCAGCAAAUGAUCUGGCCAAACUAUUUAAACAGUAUGGUCUGACUGAUGCAGAUCGGAUUUUCAUCAAAGAACAAGUUGCAGGCCCAUCUCAGAAUUCUAAAGAGUGGUCCUACUUUGGUCGACCCAAGGAGAAAUCCUUUUUGUAUGAGAUUGUUGCCAACAAGCGAAAUGGAAUUGACGUAGACAAAUGGGACUAUUUUUUGCGGGAUUGCCAUCAUCUUGGAAUGCGGAACAGCUUUGACUACACACGUUUUAUUCACUUUGCACGUGUCAUUUUUGUGGAGAAUCAGUUUCAAAUUUGUGUCCGCGAUAAAGAGGUUUUCAACAUGUAUGAGAUGUUUCAGACACGACAUGCACUUCACAGGAAGGCUUAUCAGCACAAAGUAACUCAUGCUGUGGAGAUAAUGUUGGUGGAAGCCAUGAAAGAGGCAAAUGACUUUCUCCUAAUCCCAGGAAAAGGGAAGAUGCUGAAGAUGUCAGAGUGCAUUAAAGAAGAAAACAUGGACGCAUACAUGAACCUGAAUGACAGCAUCUUUCAUCAAAUUCUUUUAAGCCCAGAUCCAAAUCUUCAGAAAUCCAAAGACAUUCUUCAAGCCUUGCAGAGGCGCAGACUGUACAAGUGUGCAGCUGAGAGUGUGCCUAUUGAAGGCACCAGGUUUAAUGAUGAAAGUGUGAUAAAAGACCAAAUUAUGAAGGCCCUUACAGAGGAGGAGAUAGCUAACCUGGGACUAGGGAUGAUGGCUGCAGAGGAAAGAGUUAUUGUGCAGCUGGUGUAUUUAGAUUUUGGCAUGAAAGACAAAAACCCAGCAAAUGAAAUACGAUUCUACUCUAAGGAUAAUCAAGAUCAGGCAGUCCCUGUUUUAUCUCAUGAAGUGUCACAUCUGAUUCCUAAGAAUCAGUUUAAAGAGCAGUUGGUGCGAGUCUUUUUGAAGCCCAGUGAUGAUCGGGAUGCAGACGGCAAAUGUCUACAGCUCCUAAUGGAGGCAUUCAGCACUUGGUGCAAAAAUAAUAAAAUGAAAGAACCAAAGAAAUUUGUCAACAUUGAAGCAAGCCCUAAAAAGCAUGCACCAGAGGGGUAUAUGACACCUGAACAUCCUACAAAUCCCACGGUGAAAACGUACUCUGCUGGAAAGAAAAUUACCAAGAUAUUGUUUUGAUUGUGGGGGUUGAUGGGGGAAGAAUCACAUAAAGCUUUCCUGCUUCUCACUGUGUUGGAAUGAGAUUUGUCUCUGAAAAACUGAAUGGGGAUUUCUACUAUUUUAAAUUUAAAUUUUUAAUUUUAAAUAUUAAAUCUUAACUUACAAAAUUGAAAGUCAAAGUUUGAAGUUGGACAGUCUAAUGUGUGUCAACCCACUUUGGAUCUUGUGAAAUCCUAUGUGUAAGGCUUGUGUUGUACUACUUAUCAAAGAAAUGGAUUUAACAAGAGUUUUGAGACUCAGACGUAUUCAUGUUUUUACUGUUUGUACACACAUGACACACAUGUGCUUACAGAACUCAGUAUACAGAGAAUGCACACUGAAAUAAAUGAGAAUGUCACAAGUGCAUCGUAUGUUGUUUGCAGGCCAUGCAUUUGCAUAGACCCCUUUUGUAUUAAAAUGAGUGACCAGAAAUGUUUUAAAGAGUUGGUAGUUUAGAUACCCUUACCCAUAAUGAGAAUCCUUAAUUUUGUUUGCCAAAAUUUGUUGAACUUAAUUUUAUUGUCUGCUUUACAACCAUGUAAUUAAAAUGUUUUUUCACUGUGUUAUUACCUGUCAGAUUUAAAUCUAUCACAUAUUUCAGCAUGUUUUAUGUUCAGCCAUAUCUGGUAUUUGGCCUUUGCCUGGCUUCUGUAUAUUUUUAACAGCAGACAUUUGGCUUAUUAACAUUCAAGUGUAAACUUCAAGUAACUGCUUGCUAAUAUUUUAAAAUGGACAUUACUAUAUUCCUGUUAUAUUGUUAAAUUCUUUGUUUGCUACUGUCACAAAAGUCUUAACACAUACACACUCUUUACUCCACUUCCCCAUGUGUGUGUAUAUAUGUGUCAUUUUAACGGGAGUCCUUUGACCUAUGUGUGUUUUGAUGGAGAAAUAGGGCUAAAACUUUUAAGGAUUUCUAGUUUGGGAAAAUGUCAUAUCCCUAAUGUCAAGACACUGCAUUCAUAUAUUACAGGUUGCAUAUGUGUAUUGCAUAUGCACUACUACUUUUUAAAGGUAUGUGUGUAUAACAAAUAACUACAUAGGUAUGUAAAAGCAUUUCAAUUGCUGCUACAGUGAUAUCAAAUGUGUAUGUGUAUUUAUCCCUUCACCUUCUAUGCUUUUUUGUAGUACAGUAUUACCAAUAUUUUAUAGGGUUCUUGAAUACUUACUGACAGUGUUGGUGGUUUACAGAUUUUGAAGAGCAUUUUGAUAUUGAAUCCAGUGAAAAACCUGGGACAAAUAGGCAGCAUAAAAAUAGAACGAAACACCAGUUAUAUUCUAAAAAUAACUGAAAAGUAUUGCAUUUAAGCCUAGGUGCAUAAUUAGAAAUAGUCUGAACAUAACAAGGAUAAAUCUAUGAAAAUUUUAAUGUUUAACAUAUUAAUAUUUUGUGAGAAAUAAUGCAGAAGCUUUGAUCGUCAUUGCUCUCCCAUUUUCAAAAUCAUCAUCAAAAACACCUUGAAUUCUAUAUGUGCAUUUGCGUCUAGUGAACCAACAUCACCUUUGCAGUCGCUAACGAACAUUCAAAUUAUUUAGCAGAUUUUUCUGAUGUACUUAUUUUAAAUGUACAUGAAUCAUUUGUCACUGAAUUGUUGCAGCAACUUUUUACCUCAGAAUUAUUGUGCCAGUUAAUGCAUUGUCCAAGUUUUUCAUUUAUUUGUGAACUUAUUUGCUCCUGACAUUUUCUGAAUGGCAUUGCAUGUAGAGUCCACAUUGUCCUAUGAACAACAGGUGAAUGGUGGUUCUUGUUAAAUAACUACAAUAUUUUUUUCACAUUCUCUGUAAGUGGUAUGGUUUGUCACAGAUUAACUUCAUCCUGAUGUACUGAAGUGCAAUUUCAGAGUGGUCGGAAAUAUUUUCUGCUGACCACAUUUGAACUUACAGUUAUUUUGAAAACCUACUUCUAUCACACAUCCUAAGGAAGGAACUGCUGUGUGGGAACGCAUUCUCUGUAAAUUUGAAUACUUUGGUCUAUAUUUCUCAGAUGGCACUAGGAUUAACUAAAAUUACAAUCAACAAAAUUGACAGAGGACUAGCCUCAUCAUCUUCUACACUAAGCUUGUAUAGUCUUCAUUGUUUUUGUUGCUUUACUUUAAUGGUUACAACUGUGUACAUAGAAAUAUCAAAGGUGGAUCAUCCUGUUACCUGCAGACCUUGAAAUAAAGGGUACUAGAGUUUGGUGACAUCCAAUGCACACAAUGUUUUGAAGUCAAAAACUGUUGCAGAUUUGUUUUUAUUUUCCUUUGCCAAAAUUUUAAGAGGUAGUAGUUAGAAGAAGCUCUUUAUUUUAAUUUCAUUGGUAUGUGUGCAGCAUGUAAAGAAAUCUACUGCACAAUCUUCUGUACAACCCAAUAUUUUUAUUUUGAACUGACCACAAAGAUGUAAAGUAUUUCCAAAUUUAACUGUGGUCAGGUCUGAGCUUAGACCCUGCAGGGCCCGAUGCAUAGGGUAUUUGCGGGGCUCUCGAUGCCACAGUUUUAAUCAAAAUGGCGGGGCCCUAGGCAGAUGCCUCGUCUGCCUGCCCUAAGCCUGGCCCUGAUCCUGGUUAUGUAUUUAUUUCUGGUUUGAUACCACCAACUGCCAUCUUUUUUUGAUAGCAUGAUUAAUUUUGAUCAGUUAAGCAGUUUUGCUGAUGUUUUAUGUAGUUUUCAAGUUCACAAAUAUAUCUGCUACCAUAUUGGGAGACAUGCUUUAAUGAAAACAUUUCACACCUGUGCAGAAGUGCAUAAUAAUGACUUUGAUGACAUUUACAGGAUGUUGUGCAUCUUGCAGAUGCAUAGAUAUUAGUAUAGUGUCCACCUGAAGCUCCUCUUACAUUUUGAUGUUUAUAUUUUUCUUGAACACCAAGAACUUUUUUAGCAUCAAAAUGUCGUUUACCAUGAUGAACAGAUUUCUACUACUGUUUUCAUGACACAUUAGUCUUAAUAGAUAUGUUGAUGUUUUUAUCAUCAUUGACACAACAUUAAUCUGUACUAUGUCUGUAUCAGUAUAAAUUUAAGUGCCUUAUACACAGUAUUUGAAUUCUGUGUGUCAGUUUGCCGUAAUAUAACCGUAUAGAUGCUGCCUCAGUGUAAAACACCAGUUACCCACUUCCGGUGUGUCAACAUGACAUUUUGUACAUUUGUCAUUUUGAAUGGAAAUUAAAACACGUCCUUUCAUGAAUGAUUUGAAAUUGUUCAAAC